AUGGUUCGUCUUAAAAAUGUAGGCACAGACACGUUUAAUAAGAACACUAAACCUCCAGUCACGAGGAAGAGGAAAUUGACCGCAAGUAACAAUGAAAAUGUAGAUCCAAAUUCAGAACCGGUGAAAAAUCAAAAUGAAAACAAAGGUUCAGCUGCGAAACUCACUGCUAAAGCAAAUAUUCAACCUAAGAGAAGCAGAAAGAAAACGAAGGACGUGAACACUGAACCAAAUGCAGCAACGAGAAUUAGCGAUAAGUGUAAUAACAACACUAAACCUCCAGUCACGAGGAAGAGGAAAUUGACCUCAAGUAACAAUCCAAACUCAGAACCGGUCAAAAAUCAAUCUGAAAACAAAGGAGAUGCUGCGAAAGUCACUGCUAAAGCAAAUAUUCAACCUAAGAGAAGCAGAAAGAAAACGAAGGGUGUUAACAAUGAACCAAAUGCAGCAACGAGAAUGAGUGGACCAUGACUUUCGGAUGAUAACCUGGAUGAAGAACGACCACAUAACUAUCCGGAUCUUUUAAACUCUGAUGAAGACGAUGAAGGGGAUUACGAACACAUUUUCCAAUGUAGUAGUCCUGAUAGCACAGACACAGAAGAUGGUGAUAAUGAUAAAUACCAACCUUCUCCAUCACAUCUGCAACAAACGCAUAUCUCCGAACAAGAACCUCCUUCGACCGUACACAUAGUUCCAACACUUCCUGAGAGUGUGAUUACUCAAGAAACUGUUCAACCUUCUCCAACUCUGAAAAAACGAAAGAGAGUGAGUAUGGCAAAAAAGAAAGAAACUGUACCCGAUAAGAUUGUAUACAAUGACGAGGGUGACAUGACUUAUUCGUGCGUGCAUUGUGGUGCUAAAUUUUGUAAGGGGAAACACGCAUCCAAGCCAGAUAAGAAGAAUAGACUCAGGAAGGACAUCAUUGAUGCGCUGACAAAGAUGCUCGACGAUGUCAACCCCUAUGUCAAGAAUUUCAGGACUGCAAGAGAAAGAUUCAACACUAAUCCUGAAGAUAGUUUUCAUAUGAGGAUAAUUAGUGAUCGUGUUACAGAUGGUAGAACUUACAAUGUUCCAACUGUGUCUGAGGUUGCUGCAAUUAUUCCCGGAGAUUUCAAUUUAGAAAUGGGUACAAGACGGGAUAUUGUUCUAGAGAAACGAUCAGGCAAGCUGCGACGGAUAAGCGAAAUCCAUCCAGCCUACAUACCACUGCAAUAUCCUCUGGGGUUUUCUUAUGGAGAAGAUGGUUUCCGACUUGGAAUUAAGAAAGCCAAUGUUGAAGCUUCUAAGAAGACGAAAAAGGAAAACAUCAGCGUUAGACAGUUUUUUGCGUAUCGUCUAAUGGUUAGACCAAACGAGUCAAAUCACUUGCUACACUCUAGGAGAUUGUUCCAGCAGUAUCUGGUUGAUACCUACACUAUGAUAGAGUCUAACAGAUUAUCCUACUUGAGAUUGAACCAGACAAGUUUGAGGUCUGAUAGCUAUGACUCUAUCAAACAAGCGGAAGACCAAGGUGUUAUUGAAAUGGAUGAACAAGGCAAUAAAUUUCUGCUACCUGCGAGUUUCACUGGUGGACCAAGAUACAUGAGGGAGUUGUAUUUUGACGCCAUGGCCAUUUGUAGACAUCAUGGAUUUCCAGAUCUUUUCAUUACUUUUACAUGCAAUCCUAAAUGGCCAGAAAUAUCAAGGGAUCUCGCAGGGACCCGUCUAAGUGCCACUGAUAGAGCUGAACUUAUUAGCAGAGUCUACCGGAUGAAACUAAAAUCUCUUAUGGAAGAUCUAACUCUCAAAAACCUGCUGGGAAAAACGGUGGCCUCUAUGUACACCAUAGAAUUUCAAAAGCGAGGUUUGCCACAUGCACACAUUCUUCUAUUCAUGGAUCAGAAGUCAAAGCUCCAGACAACAGACGCUAUUGACGAUAUUAUAUCCGCCGAAAUACCAGAUAAAUCAAAAGAUCCAGAGUUGUAUGAUGUUGUGAAAGAUAUGAUGAUUCAUGGACCAUGUGGUCAUGCCAACCCCAAUUCACCAUGUAUGAGCAAUGAAUAUGUACUAAGAACUUCCCCAAGAGCCACGCUGAAAAGACUACAAUCAAUAGAGAAGGAUUCCCAUUAUAUAGGAGACGCGAUCAGCCCAAUGUGUUUGUGGAGAAGAACGGUUUUAAAUGCGACAACAGAUACAUAUUUAUUUAAGUACAUCAACAAAGGAGCCGAUCGUGUUUCUGUUGUCGUUGAGUCAGCUGAGGAAGCCAGGAGAAAAACAAAGAGCGGACAUAAGGAUGUUAGUGGAGAUGCCAACAGUCGAUCAAAUGAUGAGGGUGUUAGCGCAGAGAAGAAAGCUUCCAAGGAAAAUAGGAAUGAGAUCAAGGACUACUUUGAUUGCCGGUACAUUUCACCCUCUAAAGCUGUUUGGAGAACAUUCAAAUACCCGAUACACCAUAGAUCUGUAUCAGUGGAGAAACUGACAUUCCACCUCGAAGGGAAACAGUUGGUUAUUUACAAAGGUAGUGACAAAAUGGAGAGGGUCGUAACACGUAAACUAAUUGAGAAGACAAUGAUGCUGGCAUGGUUUGAACUGAACAAGGAGUGUGAAUUUGCUAGAACGCUUACCUAUGUUCAGAUUCCAAAUUAUUUUACCUACGUAAAAAGUGAAAAACGCUGGAAACGUAGAAAGAGAGGAUUCAGCAUUGGAAGAAUCAAUUACGCACCAAGGAAGAUUGAAGAUGCUUACUAUUUGAGAAUGCUGUUAAACGUCGUGAGAGGUCCAAGAUCGUUUGAGGAGAUAAAGACCUAUAAUGGUGUGUUGUACCCUGAAUUUAAAGAUGCCUGUUACGCUAGGGGCCUGCUAGAGGAUGACCAAGAGUAUAUCGAUGAUAUUUGCAGAAGAAGCUUCACAUGUCCUCCAUCACAACUUCGCCAGUUGUUUGUCAUCAUGCUUACUUCAGAUAGUCUGAUUUCGCCAGAUGUAGUUUGGUAUGCGUGUUGGGAGUUUCUUUCUGACGACAUGGAGAUGAUUAGAAGAAGGGAUCUUAAUAGACCAGCACUUACGCUAAGUGACGAAGACAAAAGGGAAUAUGCUCUCCAGGAGAUUGUAAAGUUAGUAAAAAGGAAUGGCGCUGACUGGACGAGGUUUAAAAGUAUGCCUCAACCACGGGGAGUUACUUAUUCAGCUACCGAUAAUGUUCUAAUUUUUGAUGAAAAGAGUUAUGAAAAAGAGGAGCAGAAAACAAACCACGACAGAGACUUUGCUAAGCUUACUCCUGAACAGAAGAAAGUGUAUGAGGAAAUAAUUGGUUCUGUUUUAGCGAGAAAAGGAGGAGUGUUCUUUGUAUAUGGCUUUGGUGGAACUGGAAAAACAUUUUUGUGGAGGAUUUUGUCUUCUGCAAUUAGAUACAGGGAAGAGAUCGUUUUAAAUGUAGCUUCAAGUGGUAUAGCAUCACUACUGUUACAAGGAGGCCGCACGGCUCAUUCCAGGUUUGGGAUACCUCUGAAUCCAGAUGAGUUUACUACAUGUGUUAUGAGCAAAGGUUCUGAUCUAGCAAAUUUGGUCAAAGAGUCGUCUCUUAUUAUAUGGGACGAGGCUCCUAUGAUGAGUAGGCAUUGUUUCGAGUCUUUGGAUCGAAGUCUUUCAGACAUUAUUGGUAAUAAAGAUGGAAAGCCGUUCGGAGGUAAAGUAAUUGUGUUUGGAGGUGAUUUCAGACAAGUUCUUCCAGUAAUACCUGGUGGUGGUAGGGCACAAAUAGUAGGAGCCUCGCUGAACUCAUCUUAUCUUUGGAAACACUGCAAAGUUUUAAAACUGACAAAGAACAUGAGGCUCUUAUCUGGUAAUCUGAGUGAAGAAGAAGCAAGAGACCUAAAGGAAUUUUCAGAGUGGAUACUCGAUGUUGGUAAUGGAAGAAUAGCGGAACCUAAUGAUGGUGAAGCUGAGAUCGAAAUUCCUGAGGAAUUCCUUAUAAUGGAUGAAGAGGAGCCUAUUGAAUCUAUAAGCAGGAAGAUCUAUGGAAGUUCCGAGGCUCUGCAGGACAACACGGAUCCAAACUUUUUCCAAGGAAGAGCAAUUCUUUGUCCUACGAACGAAGAUGUCGACAAGAUAAACCAGCACAUGCUAGACAAAUUGAAUGGAGAGGAACGAAUUUAUCUCAGCUGUGAUACCUUGGAUCCUUCAGACUCUUCUGCCAUGAAUGACGAGGCUCUAAGCACGGAAUUCUUAAACAGCAUCAGAGUUGCUGGCUUACCUAACCACAGUUUGAGACUGAAGGUUGGGUGUCCGGUGAUGUUGCUAAGGAAUAUUGAUCCAAUAGGAGGUCUAAUGAAUGGAACAAGGCUGCAAAUUACUCAACUAGCUGACUUUAUGGUAGAAGCUAAGGUUAUUACCGGAGACAAGAUUGGAGCGAAAGUUAUCAUUCCUCGACUCACCAUUACACCAUCAGAUGCGAGGCUUCCAUUCAAAAUGAGAAGAAGACAAUUGCCUCUAUCUGUUGCUUUUGCCAUAACUAUUAACAAGAGCCAAGGCCAGUCCCUGUCAGAGGUUGGAAUUUACUUGCCAAGACCCGUUUUCUCUCACGGACAACUCUAUGUUGCUAUCUCCAGGGUUACGUCGAAAAAAGGAUUGAAGAUUUUGAUCGUGGAUAACAAGGGCAAGCCACAGAAGAAGACAACGAAUGUUGUCUUCAAAGAAAUUUUCCAGAAUCUCUAA